CUGUCGUGUCCGAGCUGUCGCAUCCCGGAGUCCGCCUCAUCGCCGCCACCCCGGCCGGAGCUCGUCCUCCCUCCCGAAGCUCUCGCGCGCCCGACCGCUCGGCCCUCGCCCCGCGACCAGCAUCAUGUGCGGUAUAUUUGCUUAUUUAAAUUACCAUGUUCCCCGAACAAGAAGAGAAAUCUUGGAGACCCUAAUCAAAGGCCUUCAGAGAUUGGAGUACAGAGGAUAUGAUUCUGCUGGUGUGGGACUUGAUGGCGGCAAUGACAAAGACUGGGAAGCCAAUGCCGGCAAAAUCCAGCUCAUUAAGAAGAAGGGAAAAGUUAAGGCACUGGAUGAAGAAGUUCACAAACAACAAGAUAUGGACUUGGAUAUAGAAUUUGAUGUACAUCUUGGAAUAGCUCAUACCCGUUGGGCAACACAUGGAGAACCUAGUCCUGUCAAUAGUCACCCCCAACGCUCUGAUAAAAAUAAUGAAUUUAUUGUUAUUCAUAAUGGAAUCAUCACCAACUACAAAGACUUGAAAAAGUUUUUGGAAAGCAAAGGCUAUGACUUUGAAUCUGAAACAGAUACAGAAACCAUUGCUAAGCUUGUCAAGUACAUGUAUGACAACUGGGAAAGUCAGGACGUCAGUUUUACUACCUUGGUGGAGAGAGUUAUCCAACAACUGGAAGGUGCUUUUGCACUUGUGUUUAAAAGUGUUCAUUUUCCUGGGCAAGCAGUUGUCACAAGGAGAGGUAGCCCCCUCUUGAUUGGUGUGCGGAGUGAACAUAAGCUUUCUACAGAUCACAUUCCAAUUCUGUACAGAACAGGCAAAGACAAGAAAGGAAGCUGUAAUCUUUCCCGUGUGGACAGCACAACAUGCCUUUUCCCUGUUGAGGAAAAGGCAGUUGAAUAUUACUUUGCUUCUGAUGCAAGUGCAGUGAUAGAGCACACCAAUCGUGUCAUCUUUCUUGAAGAUGACGAUGUUGCAGCAGUGGUGGAGGGCCGUCUUUCUAUCCAUCGAAUUAAACGAACUGCAGGAGACCAUCCUGGCCGAGCUGUGCAAACCCUCCAGAUGGAACUCCAGCAGAUCAUGAAGGGUAACUUUAGCUCAUUUAUGCAGAAAGAAAUUUUUGAGCAGCCAGAAUCUGUUGUGAACACAAUGAGAGGAAGAGUCAAUUUUGAUGACUAUACUGUGAAUUUGGGAGGUUUAAAAGAUCACAUUAAGGAGAUCCAGCGGUGUCGGCGGUUGAUUCUUAUUGCUUGUGGCACAAGUUAUCACGCUGGAAUGGCAACCCGUCAGGUUCUGGAGGAGCUGACAGAGUUGCCGGUGAUGGUGGAGCUUGCUAGUGACUUCUUGGAUAGAAACACUCCAGUCUUUCGAGAUGAUGUUUGCUUUUUCAUUAGUCAGUCAGGUGAGACAGCUGACACCCUGAUGGGUCUUCGUUACUGUAAGGAGAGAGGAGCCUUGACUGUGGGGAUCACAAAUACAGUUGGCAGUUCUAUAUCAAGGGAGACCGAUUGUGGGGUUCACAUUAAUGCUGGUCCUGAGAUUGGUGUGGCCAGUACAAAGGCUUAUACCAGCCAGUUUGUGUCCCUUGUGAUGUUUGCUCUCAUGAUGUGUGAUGACAGGAUCUCCAUGCAAGAGAGGCGUAAAGAGAUCAUGCUUGGAUUGAAGCGGCUGCCAGACUUGAUUAAGGAAGUGCUGAGCAUGGAUGAUGAAAUUCAGAAGCUGGCAACAGAGCUUUACCACCAGAAGUCAGUCCUGAUAAUGGGGCGAGGCUAUCACUACGCUACGUGUCUUGAAGGAGCCCUGAAAAUCAAGGAGAUUACUUACAUGCACUCUGAAGGCAUCCUUGCUGGUGAGCUAAAGCAUGGUCCUCUGGCCUUGGUGGACAAGUUGAUGCCUGUCAUCAUGAUCAUCAUGCGAGACCACACUUAUGCCAAGUGCCAGAACGCUCUACAGCAAGUGGUUGCACGGCAGGGGCGCCCUGUCGUGAUCUGUGAUAAGGAGGAUACUGAAACCAUUAAGAACACAAAAAGGACAAUCAAGGUUCCCCACUCAGUGGAUUGCUUGCAGGGCAUUCUCAGUGUGAUCCCCUUACAGUUGCUGGCUUUCCAUCUGGCUGUGCUGAGAGGCUACGAUGUUGAUUUCCCACGGAAUCUUGCCAAAUCUGUAACUGUAGAGUAAAAAGCAUCUGAAACUUAAGACAGUUAAGCAACAUAAGAUACCUUUUGUAUUUAAAUUUUUGAUUUAAACUGUUGCCUCCUGAAAGCUUUUUUUUUUUAGUAAAUUCUUAUUUAUAUAUCAGUUAUAAUUAUCCACUCAAUUAAUGAUUUUUGUGCAAUUGCCUCAUUUUCAAUAAUACAUGGGGGAGUUUGAUUAAUAGAAUUUAAAUCUAAACCUAAAAUCAAAGAGAUUUUAGCUAUGGUGUUGUUUAAAGAACUGCAUAAUGAAUUUCUGGGUCCUCCACUUCAUUCAAGGAGGAUUGUUGAGUUUUUGAGAUGAUUGUUGUUUUACCAUGCCUUGAUUCAGUCAGACUGAUGAAAGACCAGUGUAUUUCAUUGGAAUAGUCAAAAGUCAAAAGCCAGUGUGUGUUAGUUUCUGGACACCUGUUGAAGGCUUUGUUACAUUAUUUGUAAGUAGAAGAUGCUGUGGCUUAUUUUGAAACUCAUCUCUGUUUUAUUUUUAAAAUCAAACUAUACAUCUAAAAAACCUGGUGAGACUUGUAUCUAAGUUCAGUUAGAUUAGUUUAAACAUGGCUGUCGUCUCUAGGUAGAGGGACAUAGUGGGCAGUGUGUUACAGUGCAUUUGAGUCCUCCACACUUGAGUAGAAGCCCAUGCAGUUUUGUGACACUGCAAAUCUGUACUGCCAGUGUGAUUGGAUAUUUGAAGAUAGGACAUUGGCAUCCUACUCCUUGGCUCUUCAUCUCCUAAGAGUAGUUCACAUUUCCUUGAAACUGUAGGAAAAAAGAAUACUGUUGAAUGACAUACUUUGUUGCUCUUGAAAUCACAGCACAGAGUUGCUAUCAAGCGUCUCAAAUUGGCAUUGGUGUGUUCAGUUCUCUCUUGAGCUUUGUCCCAGGAGUUUCCUGCAGGUUCAUUUUCUCUUCCUUCCCUGUCUUGUUGCAGAAAGCAUCUCCUCGGUGUGAGUUUGGAGGUUCUUUUUGAUUACUUGUGAGAUUUGCACACUUCCACUGGUCAUUUGAUCUUCAGUGGAUGUGAUAGAUGAGGCUUAGAAUAUCACAUACUUCCCACUGUGGAAUGACAUGAAAUUUACAGUUGCUUUCUAGAUAUCUUACUUUGUAUUGUCUUGACUCUUGUUUUGGACUAAUCAAUUGCAAUAUAAAUAGGUGAUAUUGACAUGCAUUCAUGUUGAUAGUAUCAGAAAUGGAAGUCAACUAUUGGGAUAAAGUAUUUAAAAUAGAACAUUAGUUUUACACCCCAAAAUGUGUAGAAUAAUUUCUUCAUAGAGAUAUUUGGGUCAGAUCAUGUGGGCUCUAGGAAAGUGUGUUUUAUUCAGGUUAGGUCCAUUUCUUUCAAAAAAGCUUUCACUUUUACACUGUGAAAGUACAAUAGUGGAGUUGGUAACUCACUCUUUGUGUUUGAACUUGCUGUUAAGCAGUUCAUGCUAUGAUAGAAGUAUAGGCUUCUUGUGAAGGUGGAUUGAAGACAGAGUUGAUGUGGUUUCACUCUCAUUGAUGGAGACUGGAAAUCUGAGUUUUAAAAACGUAAGACGGGGCCACAGUUUCUAUCCCAUGUAGCUGCUUUAGUUAUGUUUCUCUGUUCUAAUGAUUUCCAAGAUUUCAUGUUAGUUUAGCAUGUGUGUAAUGUCAUUUCUUGUUUGAUGUAAUAGGAUCGCUACUUAUGGGUGUGUGUGUGUGUGUAUGUGUGUGUGUGUGUGUGUGUGUGUGUGUGUGUAUGUAUGUAUGUGUGUGUGUAUUGGUGGUGUUUUUAUUUUCCCUCAAUGUGUUGCUCUAGAGUACAGGAUGGUGUUGGUACGUUGAGACAUUGUGAAAUGAUCACCACAGUAUUCUUAGGUCAUUAGUUACUAAUCCAGAGUCCUCUUGGAGCUGUUUUGAAUUACACAGUUCAGUUUUGCUAAUCACCCUUUAUGUAAUGGAACAUCAGAACUUUCUUCUGUCUGGCUCUGACUUUGAAGCAAUUCACCAGUUUCCCUUCCAUACACACUCCAAACCAGGACAAAUCCUAAAGACCAAACAGUCAAAAGCCCAAAUGAAGACCAGAGUAGUAUUUCCUAAACAAAUAUUAUUCUCUUCCCUAUCCUGUUUUGCUUUACCCUGGUUAAUAUAAAUUUAAAUUCUUCUAUUAAAUUAAUCCUUAACAUCCCAAUGUUUUACUGAGGCAAGCUACUGAGUGAAUGAGUAAGCCCAGUUAAAAUUGGCAUGAUACAGAACACAGAAAUUUAAUCUUUCAAAAUAGAAAUACCCUGCAAAGGGGGGACUUUCUAUAAAAGUUCUUUCUUAUAGUGUGUUUAAACUUUAAGUUCACACUUAUAUCAUUUCCUGGGAACCUUUGCUAGACAGGGAGAACUAUGGGGUGGGCACCCAACACAUGGCCCAGUUAAUGAUUACUUUGAAGUCAGCUUUAAAAAAGAAAAUCCUCAAUGCCAUAGGAGUAAAAAGGCUAUAGAAAGUGCACUGCUCACUCUUAGUUUGUGACUGUGUCAGCAGCUGUGCAUGAACACCUGCUAUGAGCAGGUUGCUAUUCUGGGCAGCAGAGCUAAAUCUUCAGGGCAGCUCUGAUUGUCCCUGGUGAACCUGGUUUUUAUGAAGACUCCGGUGGGAGAGCGGAAAGAUGGAGUUGGACUGAGGUGGUGUUAAAUGCUGUGAAGAGAUUUGUUUACUUAAACAGUGAUCCACAUUUUGGAACAUGUUCAUAAGCAGUUGUUCCAGUCUGUCUACAAUUAAUACAUGGAUCUAUGGUACUAGAAAGAAUGGCAGUUAAUAAUAUGCCAAGAUGAUAAGCCAUUGUGUGUCCCUGCUCCUCAGAGGGACGUCACAGGGUGCUGUGCAGGAGGCUGUUAGUUUAGAAAGCUAACAUGAGCAUUUCUGUGUAGCAGGUUGUUUCUGAAUCCAGGGCUCUUACCUGAGUAGUUCUGAAGAUGAGAGAAAAGGAACCCGUUUUUGGUCUCUUGUAAUAUUCCUCUGAAAGUCAUUUUUGUCAUUCUUUAGAGAAGGAAACUAGCUGAACUUUAACAAACACACUUUCAAUUUUGGGGGUCAGUCUUUUAUCGUUUUUUACAAUUAGGAUAUUCUGUAGCAAUAAAAGAAACCAAGGUUACCUGUUUAUUAUAUAACUGGUAUGAUUUUUCUAAAAAAAUUAAAAGCACAAUGUCAUUGGAAUAUGUUUAUUGAAAAAGAAUUCAUAAUUCAUAUUGAAUUUAGGAAGGCCAAAGAAUGGAAGGGAAUGUUAAAGAGAGUUUGGUUCAUGACAUCCACAUUUGGUGAGUUGUAUCUCCAAGAAUACAACAGUGUUUUAAACUUCGAGACGGAUUUCUCAUGACUUUGUUUACUCUCAAGUUUAAAAGUUUCAACAUAUAAGUUGGUCUUUCUCACUGUAUUUAAAGAUUGUUAAUAAGUAUUUCAGUAUCUUCAUAGCUUGAUGAAUUUAAACACCCUCAGAUCUGGGAUAGUGACAUAAUAAAACUGACAACAUUGGCUUCACAUAAUAAUGUCCAUAAUUAAGCAAGACUGUUAAGUUCUGCUGUGUUAACUGUAAGUCCAAACUAGCCUGAGAGUGUUGUAUUAUAAAAGACACCAUAUCACAAGGCUGAUGAGGACAUCUUAGGAAAAUUCUCACAUAAGCUUGUUUUUUGUACUAGUUUCCAGAGUGGGUAUAGAAAUAGUCUUUUUGAAUGUUCACUGGUUGAAUGUGUUUUUCCUUUAAUAAAGUUUUGAUAUUUGUUUAAAUUAUACUUCUGUGGGACUGGGGGGUUAGAAUAAUCAUUGCUCUGUUUUGAUUUUGUAUUCUUUUAAAUGAAUGUUUAGUUUUCUGAGCCAUAUGGUUAUUUCAUCCUCAUGUCCUGUUAAAUCCAACGACUAUACCGGAACUGUGAAUAAAUUACCCAAAACCUU